UAAUGAGCUAACUGCUUAGCAUUACAAACUGCUACAGGAACGCUAACAAGCUAGCUGGUUAGCAUAGCUUUGAAAGUACCGCUUGUUGUUGCUUAGCGACCAGCAAUUAGCCAGCUAGCAUCGAGAGUAACUUACAGUUUGUUUGCUACUUUAGCCACUCGUUAGGAGGACAGACAGAAGGCAACGGUGUGUAAUUAAAUGGACCGAACAGCGACUAACGGUGCUAAUAUAGGUUAUCCAUAUGAAAUGAAACAAGUAAAAUGUAGACGUGUUAAGUGCAAAGCAGGUUGUUAAGUUUGGCUAAUGCUAACUAGACACCUGAGGCGAACAGCGUCCGGUGUUCACGUGUCGUCAUUAAUCAAAGGAAAAUGGCUAACUAGAAAUGUUUGUAGUGAAAGGCGUGUGUAAAGUUACCGUAAAGUUAGUUAACUUAAUGUUAAAAAACACCAGGAGCUGAGCAGCCAAGGGGAAAGCAAGAAGAUAAUGUUAUUUUGCAGUUUUCAUCACUGACCUAAUCAAGAGUGCACCUGAGUGACCCUGUUACGUGGGCAGCUGGGAGGCAGAUAGCCAGCACACCCACUGGCCUCAGUAUCGCCCUCUUAUCUGCCUUGCUAGACCAAAUAGCUUCCAGAGUGUACAGGCAGACACGAGGAGCUCCAGAUCUGCACCAAGGCCCUAAUAUACCCUGGGGUCAUCGCCAAAUUUGAACUCAUUUGUUUAUGACCCUGCUUCUGUUGCAGCAUAAGCUACACCACUACUCGGGUUACACUCCUCCGUCAGAUGGCGUUUUGCCUGGCUGAGCUGCACUUGUGGUCCACCAAGAGCUCGCUCCAAGUCAAAGAUACAGAUAUUGGCACCUAUCAGUACUACGAUAAAGGAGAGCCAGCCAAUCCUCUGGAGCAUCACUACUACAAUGAGAAACAACAUUACUGUGAAGCUCGAGGCUAUUCGUGGACCCCCAGGAACCGCCGACCGGAGAAGCUCCGCGAUUCGCUGAAGGAGUUGGAGGAACUGUUGCAGACCAACACCUGCGUUCACACCAGAUGGAGGAACAAACAUUGCUGCCAGGUGUUGCUGAGCAGUGGAAUACUGGUGACCUUGACCCUAAAUGGACCUCAGCUCGAACAAGUGUACAUAGACCGCACAUUAGUGGGUCGAAUACCAGCUAGCACCGUCACUGAUGCGGUGCUGAGCGAUCGGCUGAUUCUGCUGUCCCUCCUGGAGCAGAGCCAAGUGGCUGCAGUCUACCUCAACCAGAAGAACCAAGACUCCCCAGAGACUGGCAGGCGAACAGACAAACUCUCCCCCUCUGAAAUCAAGGUGGUGUGUGUGGAGGCGAGUGGGCGGGGUCCUAAGCUCCACAAACGUGUGUAUCUCAACCGUCUCCAGGAUGUGGCGCUCUGCUGGUGGGACUUGGAGGAGUCCGGUGAGGAGCUGUGGCCCUGGACGCCCACAAGCACACAUAGGAACAAUGUGGUCCUGCUUAGCUGCUCACCUGCUGAAGGCCUAAAGGUCCUCGGCUCUGUCCGAACAGAAGGCAAUCCUCUGGACUGCUGCUUCAGCCUGCUCCAGCCCUACCAGCUGUUAACAGUAGAGCUACCUGCAGAAAACCAUGGAUUCAGAGAGGGGUCCUGGGCCAACACCUGUGUGUAUGAAUGUACACAAGGGCGCCUGCACCGCUUGUCUGCUACCUGCAUCCCGCUACCAUCCCAUCCCAUCUCCUGCUCGCGUCACCCCUCUGAGACCACAGUCCUCCUGGGCUUAAGUGACUCCUCCUUGGUCCUGUAUGACCAGCGACGGGGGGUCUCUCUCCGGGCCUCCUGCCCUGUGCCACCCACCCUCCACGCCUGGCACCCUGCUGGGGCUCUGGUCGUGGUAGGAGGGGAUCAUGGGGAGCUGAUGUGCUUUGAUGUGGGCUUGGCACCUGUUAACAUGGCACUGGUAGCAGAGGAGGUAGCUUCAGCUGCCACUCUAAGACUAGAUCGACACCUGCGCUGCUGUGGAGCACUGGAGGGACUUCGGUGGGCGUCAGGCCUGGAAGGAGAUGUGCUGAUGUUGGCCUUUCACGGGGGACCACUAGCAGCCCUGAGAUUCAAACUAGGGGCUCUGACGGGAGGCCAGAUGGGUCCUGGGGAGCUGCUGCAGCAGAGGCUGCGUUGUGGUCAGGUCAGAGAGGCAUUGGGCAUCCUGGAGGCCAUGGACUGGAGCAUCACGGGAGACGAGUGCUACCGAGGCCUGAGCUCGGUCACCAACCACCUGCUGAGGCUGGAGCUGAACGCAGAGAGAGAGGCCCAACUCGAAGCAGCUCUGGGUGUGUUUUACACCCCGCCUGUUCCUCUCUCUGAUGUGGUGAUAUUAGAGCACAGGGAGCCGAUCAGCAAGUGUGCCCGCCGCUUUUUUCACCACCUCCUCAGACACCAGCGCUUUGAAAAGGCCUUCCUCCUCGCUGUAGAUCUAGAUGCCAGAGAUUUAUUCAUGGACCUCCAUUAUGUUGCCAGCGAUAAGGGCGAGGUGGUGCUAGCGGAUGUGGCCAAGAGGAAAGCUAAUGAAAUCGAGGCCCGGACCAUCGCAGGCAACGAAGAUCCUCUGAGAGGCAGAAACGGUGUGUUGUUUGGUUCGAGCCUCGGGGACAGACAGACAGAGAGGAACCAGAGUGCAACAGGACCUUCGUUCCUCGACACUCCCACGACACAUGCUGAUGGGAGAGCCAAUCAGAGGAGACCACAGGCAGAGAGCAUACGUGUGACCGUGAGCCCAGAUGUGUUCAGGACACUGAGACAAACAGGGAGCAGUGAAGGUGACAGAGACGGCAGGAAUGAUGAUGACGAUCUUGGGACGCUUCAUGUGGUCCAUUUAGGAAUGGUUUGAAUAAACAAACUGGCAUACGAUAAGAGACACAAACACACCUCACCAAUAACAGGCUCUCUUCAUCUAUAUUGUCAAAUGCAAAGUAGUUACUUCCCUGUAAUAUCACCUGGAGAGGGGCUCAUAUCAUUGUACAGAACAGUAAAUUGACAGUGAUUGUAAAGAUGUCUGAUAAAAGUGGAAUUAUACAUUAGUGUUACACAUGAAUACAUUAGUUUUGCACCACUUUUGUCAGUGAGUUGUACAUUUUAAAUUGCGAAACCAAAGGCCUUCAUGUUUUAGACUGUUUAUCUGUGAAAUUUAGAUGUGAGAUCAGGUUGUUUUCUGUCUCAGUGAAGUCUAAACCAACUGAACGUUAAAGGGAAACACUUACACCAGCUCCUGCUUUUAAAGACAUGCCUGAAAAUGUUUUAAACCUUUCCAUUAAUCAGCCUGCAAAAAUAAAGACUUGUAUUAUACUUCCAUCACCACUGAUAUUGAAUGUUCCAGGCUUCCUCUGUGUGUGUGCGUGUGCGUGUGUUUGCUAUUGUGUGUGUGUGUGUGUGUGUGUUGGCCGAGAUUACGGGCCACAGUUUUAUUCAUGAAUAGGAGCCAACCAGCGUCUUUAAAGCAUCGCGCGGAGCCCCUUUCCUGAACAGCAGCCAUAGCCGUGUCAGAGCUGUCGACGCGCUGCGCUCACCGACUAAUCUGACAGCGCCGCGCGAGCCCUAAUCCCUCACUGUAUCGUAAUCUAUUUACUUUGCAUUCUAAGAGGAUUUCCACCAAAAAAUAUACAAGAAGCGAUGUUGGAAAUGGACAGAAGAUCAGCGAGGAUGCUUUUCUGCUCCUUUUUUUUUGUUUUGUUAGCUUUAAAAAAAUCAUUGUAUGUUUUUUGGGGAGUCAAUCCCCUGCGAGAGGGAUGGGUGAAAGGAAUUACAUUUCUGACUGAUACUAAUACUUCUGUUAUGUAAACAUCAAAAUGUUAUAUUUCCCUUCUGAUGAUACAGUCACACUGCAGAGGCAGCUGGAGAUAAGUGGCAUCUGUCGAUGCCUUUAGUGCAUCUCUUGACACGUUUAUAAUUUACAAACCAAGGCUGCAUUAUCUCCUGAUUGUCUGACUUGACAGCUCGAAUAAAAGCUGCAAAAUUGCUUAACAGGCAAGCACGAGUUCCUCCCAUCCCUCUGAUGGCCUACACAGUAGCCUUUUUGACAUGCAAACAGUGAAAUCUCCUCUUUCAUAAUACAGAAAACAAAGUACGAGACCAAACGCUCUCCUCAGUUACCCUUUAAGCAAUUAUGUCAGCUUUGUAAAAUCAUAAAUAGUUAUGCUUCAUUUAAAAUGUGGCCAGCAGCUGUAUUGUAAAACACCGCCUCACACUCAAAUCUUUGCCAUCCGAGAUGACUCGCAGAGAUAGGCUUAUUAGUGGUAUUAACAUACUGCGCGGCACGCUGGAGCUGUGAAACGGCCUUGUUAACAUUUGGAAAUGAAUCAAGCCUCAGGCACUCGCUAUUAUCCAGGUUAUCUGUUGUUUGAUUCUCUCCUCUGUGCAACAGCUGUGCAGAGUUUCUGCGGAGGCCGUAUCACAUCUAAUGAUGGCUCUGAUUGGACUGAUGCCGCUCCCCCUCAGGGGGGAUGUUGUAUGUUUUAUAGGUUCGUCUCACUGAUCACCACGAGCCAGAUCCCCCAAAAUAUUAUAGACACAUAUGUCAGGACCAUUAAAGACAUCAAAGAGACAGAAUUACUUACAACUAAAAGAGGGUAAUUGGAAGGAUCUUAUUCCCAGGAAAAAUUACAGAACAGUGUUGAGUUUCUCUCAGUUAUCAGUUCUCAAGUUGGUGAAUGAGACGUACUUUGCAUACUACAAUUUUUUCAUCAAGAAAAGUACUUAAUUACAGUGCAACGUAUCUGUAUUAAAUAUCUGUUUUUGCUUCCUGAAAAAGCCUCUGAGACAAAAAGCAUUAUAAUUUGAUACUUGCUGAUUAAAACAAGCUCAGAUUGAGGUCAGACAGAAACAGACGGACUCUGCUGAGAUUAAAGUUAAGAUAAAUGUUAUAUUCGUGGUCAACUUUUGGUCAAAUAUUCUUAACACUAAUGUCAGGUGGGUGUCCAGGAGACACCGGACCCUGUUUUACACUGUUUUAUCAGACUGAUUCUUCCUGACUGUGACUGAUUUUAUGAGAAUUUCUUUGAUUUUGAGCUGAUGACAUGUUUAAGAAGUCUGCGACCGAACAUUUUCAUUACUUCUUUUCGGGGUUUCGGAGACCCUGUCUGUAAAACAUGGUUUUCAUGUGCUGUAUGUCUGUUAUGCUGUUGACAACACUUUCUACCCUAAAGGUUUGUGAGGAUAUCUGUAAUUUGAUUCAUAACAGCCCCUCAAAAUAAGCAUCACUGUGUAGAAUAAUAAACUGCACAUUUAUUUGUCUUUUAAAUGACUUUUUGGUAACAAAAUAAAUGUAUAUUUUCUCAUGCGUAGUGCAUAUAACUUAAAAAA